AUGGCAACUUCUUUGAGAUCGUUUGCGGUGCUAUUCGCACUCCUGGCCGUCCGGGUCAUGGCGGACUGUGUUAGUUACGGCAUUGACUAUGCCAACGGAGGCCAAUACUACAUCGACGCAGGCUCGAACCAGUAUUUUAGCUUUGUCUCCGUCUUCCAGGGCUGUCAGCAAGAAGCCAUCAACCCCGUCCUCGUGGACCCCUUGGACAACUACUACUCCUGCUCCACUAUCAGCACUCAGCCCGAUGGCCAGCAGGUUACUUCCACUUGUGGUAUUCCCUUCUCUGCCAUGCGGUCUGGUAACUGGAAGAUUAUUAUCUCUGGCGACCAGGUCAACGUGCAGCGGACCAUUAGCUUGACCGUUGGCCUCCCCGAAACCUCUACUGUCACGGCCACCCCCACGAUCGUACUUGGAAUCACCAGCACCCCCAGGGCAGUUACUGUCCACACCACCGUCGACCAGACAAUGACCCUCAUUCUUGUGCCCUCGACCGUAACUGCUCCGUGCGGCGCCGGGCAGACCCAAACCGUCACCGACUACCAGAGGGUACCGACAGUCGUUGUCGAGGAGACUGUCACUCGCACGGAGACCAGCGGACAGGUCACCAGCUACUGGCAGACGACCGAGACCACUCAGGCUAGAUGCCACUACCCCACCAAGAAGCGAGAUCUCGAGGGGCGCGAAGAAGCCGCCGUCGCUGCGCAGACCGUCACUUACACGCAGACGACCUUCACCGUCACACAGACUGUCGUCACCACCAUUCCCCCAAAGACCACCACCGAACUGGCCUUCAGGACACUCACUACCACCAUCCAACCCCCUCCCACUACGGUUUGCCAGGGAGGUGGCGGCCAGAACGCCGUCAUUACCGUCAACCCCAACCGUCCUGCUGUCACGCAGACAAACCUUGUCUAUACGACGAUCCGCUCUUCGGGUACUGUCUGGGUCGGACAAACUGCAUACACCACCAUCAGCAACUCCGCCAGCGCGACUCAAUGCUGGAGGGCCGGCGGCUGGUAUGGUGCUUAA